AUCACUUCAUUAGAAAUUAGAAGUGUUUGUGCUAAAUUUUUUUAAACAAUAGACAACUAUAAAAUGAAACUUGAACAUUUCACUUGCGUUUUAGAUCCUGAAACAAAAACAACAUUAAAAAUAUACCUUUACAAAAAUGUGCAAAACAUCGAGGAAAUUAGGAAUCACAUUACAAACGGCGAGUGGAACUGUGCAAUUAUUAAGCCUAGCUUGAUCUUAGAUCCAUUUCAAGUGGCUGUGGCGGCGAACAGAGCAGUUGUCGCAGCGAAAUUUAGUACAAUGGUUACGCGAACUGUGUUCGGAGAAAUUUUGUACAAUUUAUCGCUUACCAAAAAUAUAACACAAAGUUUAAGCAAGUUUGGAAUAGAAAAAAGCCAUGAUUUACUCGUAUGCUUCUUAGUUACAAAUGAAAUAGAUUGCAGACCUGAAAUACUUCCCGAAAUAAAAGGUGAACAGUGUUCUAUUACAGAACUAUGCAAUUUUACAAAUCUGAAAGAUGUAAAAUCUGUCUACAAACUAAAUAACCUCAAAAGUGACGAAGGAUUAUUAGAUAUAAUUGUAAGCAGAAUGACAACAAAAAAUUUUGUUUCUUAUUAAAAUUAAGUCAUGCAGUUUUUACUACCUACACCCCAAUUUCCUUUUUCCCCUACCUAUGCUGAUAGCCUUGAGAGGCUAUUUCAGCUUCACCCUAACGUUAGUAGGUGAGCUCGCGGGGCUCAACCGGAGAGUUGCUAACACUGACCCUAGCAAGAGCAGUGCUUCGCUGAAUCUACCACCGGAUCGGAAACGCGACCCACUGAGAAGAUCCGGCGAGAAACUCAGUGGGCUGUGUCUGAGAGUUAAUUUACUCGUCGAGCCCUUCGUCGCAAGCGACGGGUUCGACGAGAACGGUGACCGGUGCUUGAAGUACCUAAAAGCACCGUUAGUGGAUCAGGAGGAUCCGAGAUGACGUGUUUAGGGCGACGUCGACUGCUUUCCAUUCUGUCCGCAGGAUCGGGAAUGUAGUUACCGGCGGCCACGAUGAGAGGGUUCUCGUGUCGUGCCGCUUUAUCGAAGUGGCGCAUGGACGCCGACUGCAGAUACUUACUGAUGGACUCUAAGUCCAGGUCGUCAUGGAGGUCGACGUUCCUGACGAACCACGGGGCUCCGACGGCUAUCCUGCAAAAACGGGAUUGAAUAAUUUGAAAGGAUUUUAAGUGUAUGCGGGCCGCGUGAGCGAACACUACACUUGCAU